ACCAUCGUUGGUAGACGACGAAUCGUUUGCCCGUACGAGCCACCACCGACUUGGUAGUGGUGAAUGUGAUAUCCGUGGUCUAGCAGCAACAGUGGCAUUCACAGCGCCGUCAACAACACGACGACGACGACAACGACGACAACGACGACAGUAGCGCCAUCAUCAGCGCGACCGCCAUCGCAACAGCGAGAAGAAACAGUAUAUUCCCUUCGCGGAGAGAAAGAAGAAAUGAUUGUAGGUUCGCGAUCGGUGACGCGAGCAAACAUGGAGGCCCCGUCCAGUUUUUAACACGGCAGCCAGGUCUCGUUCAAAGCGCACCAACGGAGCCACGGUGAGCGCUCCUCGAGUCGGCUGCCAAAAAGUCGCGUUUCGCCCCGUGCUACUUUUCUUCGUGAGCCCCGCGAGGCUGGAGGAUGGAGCUACGCGUUGGGAAUAAGUACCGGCUCGGACGGAAAAUCGGGAGCGGCUCCUUCGGCGACAUUUAUCUAGGUACCAACAUCUCCACCGGCGAGGAAGUCGCCAUCAAGCUAGAAUGUAUAAAAACGCGGCAUCCGCAGUUACACAUAGAAUCGAAGUUCUACAGAAUGAUGCAAGGUGGUGUUGGUAUACCAACCAUAAAAUGGUGUGGCUCAGAAGGUGACUACAAUGUAAUGGUAAUGGAGCUACUUGGCCCAUCUUUGGAGGAUCUCUUUAAUUUCUGUUCAAGAAGAUUUUCUUUGAAAACGGUUUUGCUUCUCGCCGAUCAAUUGAUAUGUAGAACGGAUUACAUUCAUAGUCGUAAUUUUAUCCAUCGAGACAUCAAACCGGAUAAUUUUUUGAUGGGCUUGGGAAAGAAGGGAAAUCUCGUGUAUAUUAUAGAUUUUGGAUUGGCUAAGAAAUACCGCGAUGGCCGCACUCACAAACACAUACCCUAUCGAGAAAACAAGAAUUUAACAGGGACAGCCAGAUAUGCAAGCAUUAAUACGCAUCUGGGAAUUGAACAGUCACGACGAGACGACCUUGAAUCCUUAGGGUAUGUUCUUAUGUACUUCAAUAGAGGUAGUUUACCCUGGCAAGGUUUAAAGGCGGCGACUAAAAGACAAAAGUACGAGCGUAUCUCUGAAAAGAAAAUGUCUACACCUGUCGAAGAACUGUGCAAGGGUUAUCCUGUAGAGUUUGCUUCGUACCUAAGGUAUUGUCGAGGGCUACGAUUCGAGGAAAGGCCUGACUAUUCGUACCUUCGACAACUCUUCCGGACGUUGUUUCACGGACAAGGCUUCACGUACGAUUACGUCUUCGAUUGGAACAUGCUGAAAUUUGGUAAUGUGAGGCAACAAACGUUAUCCUCGACGCAACAGACAACGGCGAUGCAGUCGCAACAUACGAACGCGGCGCUGCCAUCCGGGACCAAUAAUGAUCAGGAACAUCGAUCUAGGCCCUACACACGGCAGUGUUUAGCAAACAUAUCGGUGGGGACAGUGGGCCCGACUGUGGGUGGAACAACCACGAACUUGAGAAGCAUGCGGCAAAAACGCGAGGCGAUAGACGCUCUUCGCGAUCAGGACAAUCAGGAGAGCGAUCUUCAAGUGGAAUGCUCGUUUGCUCGCAGUGACCGAUCUCGACGACGAAAAGAAGCUCCUCGAGAUCCAAAAAAGGUUACCAAAGUUUAGAUAGAGACGCUAAAGCAUAGUUUUCUAUUUCCUCUAGCCGCGCGAGUCCGUCGCAGUCGUCUCGAGGGCUUCUUUCGUCUCCAGCGAGAUCCUCCGAAACUCCGGUGAAAUUCGGUGACUUCUUCCUAAACGCCGGAUCCUGAGAACCGUCAUUACUUUUUUUUUCUCUCCUCCCCCUUGACGAUCAAGUUACAUAUUUUUCUCUUUUCACUCUAUUUCUCUCUCUCUCUCUCUCUCUCUCUCUCUCUCUCUCUCUCUCUCUCUCUCUCUCUCUCUCUCUCUCUGUCUCUCUGUCUCUCUGUCAUCUAUCUUCUUCCUGUGAAUAUUUCUUUCUCGCCCAAGGAACCUUCGCAAUUGCGCAUCUGUUUGUAAUCAUUCUGUUUUUUAAUUGAUAGUGACGAUGAUGAUGAUAAUGAAAUGAUAAUGAUAAUAAUGAUGAUGAUGGCGGUGAUGAGUAUGAUGAUGAUUAUGAUUAUGAUAAUAAUGAUGAUGAUGAUGAUGAUGAUGAAGAGAAAGUAGUAAAUAAAUGUUUUUCCAUUCAAGGACUGGUCUCUUUAUUUAUUUCACCACACGACAUUGUCGAUAAUCCUCGUCAAAAUUUUCUUCUCACUUGGCUUGAAUGGAAAAACCAAUUUUGCAGUGUUUCCCUCUCUCGAAGAGCGUCACCUCGACUCGAUCACGAUCGCGCAAAAUCCGACAGUCUUUUUUAUCUUUUUUUUUUUUUUUUAUUUAUUUAUUCAUCUUUUACUUUUCCGAUCCUCAAUCGCAUCAUCUGUCUUCACGGAGGCGCACCGUGAUCUUUUUUUUUUCUCAAUUAUUUUUUUGCCUCUUUUUUUGCAAUCGUUAUUACGCACCUUUUUUCGACGACAUCGAACUUUUCCAUUUCAAUUGCCAAGCGUGAAACCGUCGUUCGUCGUUCCCGUAUCGAUCAUCUCGGAUCAAUCCUUUUUUUUUUUUUUUUUUUUUUUUGGCGAUCGAUCAACGAUUCUUGCACACUGAGGAAAGAGAACAAUU